UUAAAGAAGAAGAAGAAGAAGAAGUAAGAACGAACACAAAAUGGCGAUUAAGUGGUGCGUAUUUUUAAGCGAAAUUUAUGUGAAAUUAGUAUAAAUAAAUGUAAAUUUAACUCUAGUCUUUAGUUAUCUAAAUGCUUUGUAGUGUGUUGGUGAAGAAAAUAACAUUGAAAAUGGGGUUUUAAGUGGGGGUGUGCUGUACUGAAGUUCUCCAACUUUUUGAGGGGGGUGAAAAAAGUCGGAGUUUGGUAUGUAAAAAUGCAAAGCUAGACAUCAAUCGGCAUUUUAUAGGAGAAAAAGUACGCACACGUACCGAGUGGUUAGUUUCGAUAGAAUUUGGACUAUCGCAGUGUUUUCGGGCAAGUGAUAUUGUGCAUAAAAAAGUGUUUGCAAGUUGAUGGAUGUGUGCAACGCGUCCCUCAGGAAGGAAAUGGAGUAGGUACUCCAAUGACUGCUGAAAUGAUUGAAAUUGCUUUGGAUUUUUACCGAUUCUCCAAUAAAAUAAAAUAUUGUUUUGAAUUCUUGGGAAUCUCCCUUGGUAAUCUUCAGUAAUUGCGGAAUGCAUAAAACCUCUUGGAUAGAGAAAGUAUCACACUACGAAGCAUCACAGACAACAGCAAAUCAGCUGACUGUUCAAUAAUUUUAUUAAUUUUAAAACUAAUAUAUGGAUAAUAAUGCUAUUGAUUUGAGAACAGAAGAAAUUAUUCUGGCAUACUAAUUCAUACAGAAUGUCGUGCGAAACAUUGGGAAAAGUGAAUGAAUACAAAUGAAUAGUAUUAGCUUAAAAUUAAACUCAUAUUAUGAAGACAAGAUUGAUUUUUUCCAAAGGUGGGCAUUACAUAAUGCAUAAAUAAGCCACGAGUGAAAAAAAAACAGGAAGAAAGUAUAUUUAAAACAAAAUCAUAACUUUAGCUAUAGAAUUGUAGGAAUAAAGAAAAGUUAUUAGAACUAUAAACAACAUUAGUAAGAGCAAAAGAGAAAAAAAACUCAAAUUGAACACUGUGAAAGAACUAAUUUGGAAACACUAAAGGAUUUUGUUAAUACUGCACUUUUUAUAGUAAAAAUAAUCAACGGAAAAAAGGAAAGACAAAAAUUGUCAAAUAAACCAAAACCCUUUGAAGAUUUUCAAUUUGGAAACAUUGAGAAAAGAUCACAGAUAAAUAAGAAGAAGAACAUAAUAUCUCAUUUCUAAUGGAUGGGAAUGCGCAAAAUAUGUUUCACGGAAAUCACCAAGGAGAUGCAUACUAUCGCUAUGAUACAUCAGCGCCACGUCCAAUGGGUCCCCCUGGGGCAUACGCUCGUCACAGAGCACCACAUCCUUUGCAGCAACAACAACAGCCACAAUAUCCAUCGUAUCAACCACCAACAGAUACUAUGUAUACUAUGGGUGAUCAACAUGGUGGAAUGGCUGGCAUGGCUGAUAUUAGUUCAGCCUGGGGUGCCCCUGGGCAGGCUGGUCCAUAUGGGGCUCCUGCUAUGGGUUAUGGACAUCCUCAGACCCCACAGCAGCAACAAAGACAGCCUCAACCUCAACCAAGUUAUCGACAGCAUAUGACGGGAUACCCACAAGAUCCUCAAAAGAUGCAAUUUUCUGCCCAACAAUCAAUGAUGGCAGGAAUGAUGCCACAACAGGCUUAUGGAGCCAUUGCGCAGCCACAGCAGGCACAACCGCAACAGAGAGUUCCUCAGCACUACUCACAAACGGGUGGACACCCAAUGUAUCCUGGAACUCCACAGCCCCAGCCUACACCUGCACAAUCCUAUGGAGGAUAUAGUGCAGGUUUGCAACAUCAGGCCAGUCGAUCAUCACACGUGGGAUAUGCGCACACCCAACUGGAGCAGACGGCAUAUGGGCAACAUUUACAGAGUUCAGCUACAUCGGCACACCACUUAAGUAGUGGCCCUCAGCAGCAAACUCAACAAUUGCCACCUGGUCAUCCGGGGCAGCAAGCACAGAAUCAUCUUGGGCAAUCGUCCCAAGGUCAUUUGCCCACCCAACAAAUGCAUCCCAGUCAGCAUGUCCAGUCGCAUCCGAUCGGGUCGCAAUCUCAUACUCAACCCCAUCCACAACACAGUGGUUUGACGAGUUUAACAAGUGUUGGUAGUUUGCAUGGACCUCAACAAAGUCAACAACAAGCAUCUGCACAGUCUGGAAAUCAGACGCAACAGCCUACACAGCAGCAACAUAUGGCCCCUCAACCACAUCCUGGUAUGGUCCAUAGUCAGCAGUCACAUCCAGGAAUGUUACAUCCAGGAUCAAGUGCAAACCAACUUCAACCAAGCCAGACGCAGCAACCGGUACUCCCUCCGCAUAGUCAUAGUGCGGCUCAUACCCAUCAAAUGAGUGCACAUGGUUUAAAUACUUAUGGGGUACCUCCACCACCACAACAACAGCAACAGCAAGCUCAAACGCAUUCUGGGCCAUCACAACAACCCUCUUAUUUGUCAGCUACAAAACAACAAACACAACCACCUCAACACAGCAGUGGUAGUCCUCAGUAUAGGACACCAUUCCCUCAACUUUCGCCUCAAAUGUCACCAAGGCCUCCACAAAUAUCACCACAUCCGCAGAUGUCACCAAGACCCGUGAUGUCACCAGCUAAACCACAACCACCUAACUCAUCAUCUGCCUUGUCACCGCAUCCACAUAUUUCAAGUGUACCAAGUCCACGACCUGGGCAACAACAGAGUAUACCACAAGCUAAAAAUGCUAGUCCAGCUGGACCUGUUAGUACCCUUCAAGCACUUGAGCAGAUGGUAAUGCCUCCGUCCUCUGGUCCACCACCACCAAGUUCAGUUGCCAUGGACUAUCCACCGUCGUCAUAUCGUACACAACAACAUCAACAGAUGGCAUCAAAUCCACUUUCGCCAAUGGGUCCACGGAUGCCAAUGUCACCACAGCAACCACAACAACAAUGGCCACCAAUACACAGACCAGGUAGUGGUAAUCAUAUGCAGCAACAGCAAACACAACAUUUGUAUCCACAACAAGGCUUACCACCUAUUGGACAUGUCACAUCCCCGCAACAGCAACCACAGCAUCCACAAUUACUAAGUGAUCUGUCUUCGAGUUUAACUCCAGUAUCACAGUCAUUAGCAUCUAUUUCGCAUCCUGCUAGUACACCAUUGCAGCAACCACAUUAUGUUACGCAGCAGUUGCCACAUCAACAGGCACAUAUGCAACAUCCUCCAACUACUCAGCAACAUCAAACGCAUCCACAGCAAUCAUCACAAAUUACGCAGCAACAUCAACAACAGUCGCAACCUGUUUUGCAAGAACAACCAUCUCAACACGUUCCCACAACUACUCCCCUUAGUGUUGAAGAACAUUUGAAUGUUGAGAAGUCUCAUCACCAGUCUGACGACCAUCUACUUGGACAGAAGCAACACCAUCAGCAACAUCAACCCCAUGUGUCUCAGAUUCCGACAUCGACUACACAAGCGUCUCAAUUAAAGAUACCAGAUAUUCUUGGUACGUCUCAAAAUUCCAGUUCAUCUACAGACAUUUCAAGUUUGAUAGAUCCAUUUUCUGGUGUGCUGGAGCCUAUGCAGCACGUGUCUGCUGUCCCUGUUUUGCCAGAAACCACAUUGGAGCAUACGCAAUCACAACAAGAGCCGCCGAAACAGGAUGAAAAUACUCAAGAUAGUACUCAUCAGGAAUUGUGUCAUAAUCAAGACACGAAUUCUUCAGUGAAUGAUCCAGUUGUUACGGCAUCAACUGUACUGAACCAAGUUGAAGAAGCAAAUACCGAAUUAAGUCGUGAAAGUGCAACCUGCCAUUCUGAUGAGAUUGGCAAUAAAGAAAUAUCGAAUUUAGAAGAUGUUGCAAAGCAAGAUGUUAUUUUAUCUCCAUCAAAUUCCAUACAGCGUCAUUCAGAAGAUAGUUCCACCCAAGAAGGACAAGCAAUACGUGAAUCUCUGACAGAACAAGCACAAGAUUCACAAAGUGAUAGCUCUCAACCGGGCAUAUUAACGACAGUAUCAGCAGCAUUAGUGGAAAGUAACGAUAAUAAUGUUACGAAUGAUAAUGUUGUCUCUCAACCAACGGACAGUCAGGUGCAGCAAACACAAGUAAAUCCACCUCAAAUACAUCAACAAAAACCUCAGCUGCCACAAUUGCAAACACCACAGCAACUUCCGUUGCAAAAUCAACCACAAACACCCCAAUUGGUGGGACAAACAACUCCUGCUGCUCCACCUCAAAAUAUACCGAUACCAUCUCAACAGCCACACAUUCCUGGAGUUCCGGGUCAAGUUAUGAUGCCUGGCGUAAUGUCUGGCCAAGGACAAUUAGGACAUUCAGGCAUACCCCCACAAACGACAAUGUACGAUCAUCAGAUGAUGAUGGGACGUCCAACAGGACCACCAGGUAUGCCGAUGGCACCAGGAAUGUUACCUCAUCAUGGUAUGCCACCUCAGCAGCCGUUGCUAACCGACGUGACUCCUUAUGGCUCAGGUCCAUUGAUGCACCACCAAGAAAAGGCUGCAUUACAACAACAAUUGCAGGAACUAUACUGUAUGGCGCCAUCACCUGAACAGCAAGAAAAAAUCAUGCGUCUCCAGGAAAGGCUCAAUAUGUUACAGCAACAUGAGGCAAAUGAUCAGUGCAAUGGUGGUGCACAAUGCAUUCUACAAAAUUCGAUGUAUUCAUCAUCAAUGAUAGAGAGCCCUCAAGUUUCAAGUACAACUGGACGUGGUCGAGCCCGUGGUGUAAAUAAGCCACGAAAGCCGAGACAGAAAAAGGCUGAAAAGUUAGCAGCUCAAGCUGCUCUUAAUACAUCUGAAUCCAGUCCAGCAGAUGCAAGUGUUUUACCUUCAGCAAUAUCCCAACAAUUACCCGUAUCAGAAGACUGUGUCACAGCCGGUGCGGGUUUGGGUAAUAUGACCCCAGGUUUAACUGAUUUGAAUGAUUCUGAAGGGGAAAUAUCGCAAGAAAAACCAUUUGAAGAACUUGAUACACAAACAGAUGAAAAGGGAAAGAAAAAGAAAGCACGCAAACCGAGGGAACCGAAACCGCCAAAAGAACCAAAGUUGCCAAAGGAGCCAAAAGAGCGUAAAAAGAGGGAACCUAAGGAUCCAAAUAAACCAAAGAAGAAAAGAGGUAGAAAAUCGGCAAAUGAAUCUGGUGAUAUUGAUUUGGAUUCUACAGUGGAUAAUUCAAUGUCAUUAGAUACAACUAGUACAGACGUAGUUAAAUCAACUGCUGUACCAUCUGAUGAAAACAAUUCAUCAUCAAACCAGAUUGCUCAAAAUCAAGAUUCUUCUGAUGCGAAAGAGACAAAGCCUGUUGCGUUAGAGGAAGUGACGGAUUUUGAUGAUAUUCCAGUGUCCAAAAUCCCAAUUAAGAGUCUAUUGGAAGAGGGAGCAAAUGCAAAGAAGCUUGAAGAUGAAAGUAAUGAAAACUCAGAUAGUUCUAAACCAGCUGAAUGUGAUAAUGUGUCCCCGAAGAAAACUAAACGAAGCAGAGGUUCAAGUGGAAGUCGUCGGUAUAAUAGGAGCGGUGGUAAUAGAAGAUCUGGGAAGAGUGGAAAGAGAAAGGGUAAUCGUAUUGUUCCUGAAUCAGAUGGUGAAGGUGAUGAUAUGAUAUCCACUCCGCCACCUUCCCCUCCUCCUGACUCCGAAGCCGCUGAUAGUUCCAAGAGAAGAAGUGCACGAAAUACUCAGCGGAAGAAAUACGUUGAUGACGUUAUGUUGCGAUUCUCAGAUGAUGAAUCAGCAAUAACGUCUCCAUCAACAAGUACAACUCGGAAGGAGAAGAAAGAAAAGGAAGUGAAAGAUGGUGCUGCUGCGGGAAGUAAUGACAAUGACAAUGUCUCAACAACUGAACCCCUUGAAAAGGUUGAGGUUGAAAAACCAGCAGAAGAUUUUGGUGGAAAGCCCAAUUAUGUGUAUGUAAAUACAACAGAUGAGGACUCCAUGGUUGUUCAACAUGUACUAGCUGUUCGAAUGGGUAAAAGGGAGUUGAAGCCCGAACCUCCUCCACCACAGCCUGUAGUUGAAAGUGAACCUGCUAAAGACGAAGAAAAUCCCAAUUCAGAAUUGAGUGACAAAAAUGAAGUUGAUUCUGAAGCAACAAAAAUGGAAGUUGAUAGUCAAGAAGACAUAACUAAAAAAGAAGAUGAAGUUGUGGGGUCUGAAAAGGAGGCUGUAGAUGAUGAAACCCCUAAGAUCGAUGAGGACAAACCCACCGAGAGUAUUUCAGAAACUGAAAAAGAAGACACAAAAGACGCCAAGUCUGAUUCUGAAGAAAGAGAUUCAUGUGAAAAAAUGGAUGUUGACCUAGAAGAGAAAGAUGAGGUUAAAGAAAAAGAAGAAGUAAAAGAAGAUGAAGUAAAAGAAGAUGAAGUAAAAGAAGAUGAAGUUAAAGAAAAAGAUGAAGUAAAAGAAGACGAAGUUAAAGAAGAGAAAACUACAGAUGAAAAGCAAGAUCUCGAGGACACUGUUGAGUCAAAUGACAAUGGUGGUAAUCAAGAAGAAACGACAGAAAAUAGUGAAGUGAAAAACGAAAAAGAAACAGCUGAUGUAGAAGAUAAAAGUGAAGAGGAACAGAAGGAAGAUGAACCUCAGAAGGAAAAGAAUGAAAUCAAAGAGGAAGAGAAUGUGGUACAGAAAGACGGUGAUUCAGAAGAGAAACCAGAGCCUGUUUUUGUGGAUGUCGAGGAGUAUUUUGUCAAAUACAGAAACUUUUCCUAUUUGCAUUGUGAGUGGAGAACAGAAGAGGAAUUGUAUAAGGGUGAUCGUAGAAUUGCGUCAAAAAUCAAACGAUUCCACCAAAAACAAUCACAACAAAUUAAUAUUUUUGAAAAUCUCGAAGAGGAACCAUUUAAUCCAGAUUUUGUUGAAAUUGAUCGAAUUUUGGACGUAUCUGAGCACACAGAUGCAAAUACAGGAGAAAAGACAAAGCACUAUUUGAUAAAGUGGAAGAGUUUGGCAUAUGAGGAUUCCACAUGGGAACUUGAAGAGGACGCUGAUCAAUUAAAAAUUGAGCAAUAUGAAAGAUUCAACAAAAUCCCUCCGAAGAAUGAGUGGAAGCCAAAAAGACGUCCCCAUCCGGACUUGUGGAAAAAAUUAGAGAAAACUCCCGUGUACAAGGGUGGUAAUUCUCUACGCCCAUAUCAACUGGAAGGAUUGAAUUGGUUGAAAUUUUCGUGGUAUAACUCACACAACUGCAUUUUAGCAGAUGAAAUGGGUCUUGGGAAAACCAUUCAGAGCUUGACUUUCAUUCAUUCAGUUUAUGAAUAUGGAAUCCGUGGACCAUUCCUGGUGAUCGCUCCGCUCUCGACAAUUCCCAAUUGGCAGAGAGAAUUUGAAGCAUGGACAGAUAUGAAUGUGAUUGUGUACCAUGGUUCUGUGACAAGUAAGCAAAUGAUUCAGGAAUAUGAAUUUUACUAUAAGAACGAUAGUGGAAAGGUAAUGAAAGAUUUCACCAAAUUCAAUGUUCUAAUUACGACAUUUGAAAUGAUUGUGACUGAUUAUGCUGAUUUGCGGGUGUUCAAUUGGCGGGUAUGCGUAAUUGAUGAAGCGCACAGACUGAAGAAUAGAAAUUGUAAACUACUGGAAGGGCUUCGACAGCUAAACCUUGAGCAUCGUGUUCUAUUGUCGGGGACACCGCUUCAGAACAAUGUGAGUGAAUUAUUCUCAUUGCUCAACUUCUUAGAACCCAGUCAAUUUUCCAGUAGUGAUGAGUUCCUCAAGGAAUUUGGAAGUCUCAAGACUGAAGUUGAAGUAGAGAAAUUACAAGCACUUCUAAAGCCAAUGAUGUUGCGCCGUUUGAAGGAUGACGUGGAAAAAUCUUUGGCUCCCAAAGAGGAAACAAUUGUUGAAGUUGAAUUGACAAAUAUUCAAAAGAAAUACUACAGAGGUAUUUUGGAGCAGAAUUUUUCAUUUUUGACAAAAGGAACAACAACAGCAAAUAUUCCAAAUUUAAUGAAUACAAUGAUGGAAUUGCGCAAAUGCUGUAUUCAUCCGUAUUUACUGAAUGGCGCUGAAGAUCAAAUUCAGUACGAAUACAAAAAUACACAUGGAGAAGAUGCUGAUGCAUACUAUAAAAAUCUAAUUUAUUCAUCCGGAAAAAUGGUUCUCAUUGACAAAUUACUACCAAAAUUGAAAGCAAAUGGACAUCGUGUGCUAAUCUUUAGUCAGAUGGUACGAUGCUUGGAUAUUCUUGAGGACUACCUAAUGUAUCGAAAGUAUCCAUUUGAGAGGAUUGACGGGCGAAUUCGGGGUGAUUUGAGACAAGCUGCCAUUGAUCGGUACUGUAAACCAGAUUCAGAUCGUUUUGUAUUUCUUCUAUGCACAAAAGCAGGUGGUUUGGGUAUAAAUCUCACUGCUGCUGAUACGGUGAUCAUUUACGAUAGCGAUUGGAAUCCACAGAAUGAUUUGCAAGCUCAGGCUAGAUGCCAUAGAAUUGGGCAGCAGAAAAUGGUGAAGAUAUAUCGCUUGCUUUGUCGAAAUACAUACGAGAGAGAAAUGUUUGACAAGGCAUCCCUGAAAUUGGGCUUAGACAAGGCAAUUCUACAAAGUAUGAAUACAUCUCAGGGAAAAGAUAGCAACAAUAGGCAAUUGUCUAAGAAAGAAAUUGAGGAUUUGCUUAAGAAGGGUGCAUAUGGUGCAAUAAUGGAAGAAGAUGCAGCUGAUAAGUUCUGUGAGGAAGAUAUUGAUUCAAUUCUCAAGCGACGAACACAAAUUAUAACUAUGGAGCAAGAAAAGGGAUCUACAUUUUCGAAGGCUUCAUUUGCAAUGUCAGGAAAUCGUUCUGAUAUCAAUAUUGAUGAUCCUGAUUUUUGGAAAAAGUGGGCAAAGAAGGCCGACAUUGAACCUGUACAGGAACGUGAUGAGAAAGAUGAUUUGGUUAUGACCGAACCUCGGAGGCGAACUCAAAUCAAAAGAUACGGCCACGAUGAGAGUGUCAUGGAAAUGUCAGAUGAUUCGGGAACGGAUACUGAUGAGGAAGGAGUUGGUGUUGGAUUGCGAAGCAAAAGACGCCGAGAUAAACGUGCAAAAGAACGCGCGAGGAACUUGGAGAGAGCUGCUGAGGAUUACUGUGCAAGAGAACGAGAUGGUAUGUCUGGUAUUGGUGUUGACGAUGUGGCUUAUGGCAAUUGGGCUCGAUCAGAGUGCUUCAAAGUCGAAAAGGGACUCCUUACCUAUGGUUGGGGACGAUGGACCGAAAUACUCGAACAUGGUCAAUUUAAACGUGGUUGGAGGGAGAUAGAAAUCGAAGAUUUGGCUCGAAUCAUUCUCCUCUACUGCCUAAAAUGUUACAAAGGUGAUGAAAAAAUUAAGAAUUUCAUAUGGGAUUUGAUAACUCCGUCUGAAGAUGGGGAAGAACAUAAAGUUAGUCGUAACCACAGUGGAUUGCACAAUUUAGUUCCUCGUGGACGAAAUGCAAAAGGACGAAAAGGAAAAGGCAGUAAAGAUGCUGCAAUGCGUGAAGCAAAACAGCAACAACAACAGGCAGCAGCAGCAGCAGCCGCAGCUGCCACAGCUGUAACUUUGGCAUCAGCUACAAAUUUAACAUCUACUACGACGGUAACUUUAGCCACACCGUCAUCUUCAACUGCCUCCUCGUCAUCAUCAACACCAGUAAAUCCAACUCCACCCAUAACUGGAGGUCCUCCACGAGAUGGUGAUCCUAAUCAUUGGAGUCACGAUGAUAAAUAUGAUGCAGACAUUUUCCUCGAGAGUAGCUAUCGAAAGCAUCUUUCAAGACAUGCAAAUAAGGUUUUACUUCGAGUACGAAUGCUAUAUUACAUUAAGCACGAAAUUAUUGGGGAUUUGGUGCAGCAAAUUAACGACGGUGUCAACAUAAGCGAUCUCCCAAUUCGCCCGCCGCUUACCAGCGAUCAGAUGCCAAGCUCUUGGUGGAAUCCAAAAUGUUGUGACAAGAGUCUAUUGGUUGGAACAUAUAAACAUGGCUGUGAAAGUUAUCGUCAGUUCCGGGCAGAUGCAACGCUUUGUUUUCUGUCUCAUUGUGGUCCACCGGAAGAUGGGGGAUUUUCAACGGCAAAUUUGGAAGAUGACACAAACUCUAAGCAUGAUGAAGGUGAUGAAGUAGAUGAUGAUUUGACUGUUUCUAAAGAUGAACAGCGAGCCCCAUCUGCAACUGAUUCAAAGGACACUGAUCUCGAUCGUCCAAGUAGUUCAGGUAUUGAAGAUGAAGAGGCAUUGCUAGCUGCCACAUUAUCAUCUGAGGAUCCACAUACUUGGCCAACAAUGCAAGAUCUCAAUACACGCCUUCGUCGUGUUAUAACAUCAUAUCAGAGAAAUUACAAGAAGGAGGAAUUGAAGCAGCAACAGAAAGCAAAGUUACAGGCUCUUACAACAACCACAUCAUUACCAUCAACCUCUACGCCAUCGUCAAUAAGUGGUUUGUCAAUUUCGCCAGCAACAAUUUCAACAACUGUGACAACAACGUCAACAUCAGUGUCACACCAAAUGCAUGGAACUACCACGCAAUCUUCACAACAACAACAACAGCAGCAUCAUCAUCAGCAGCAACAACAGCAGAACCCACCAAUGCCAACGGCAGCAGACUUUUCUUUGAUGUUAAGUCUUGGAUUGGGACUUAAUCCUGCAGAUGCGAGUCAAUUGGCUAAUUGGGAUAUUUCUAAAUUGGCCAUGUACUUGCAAAAAAUGGGACAUCGUGAAAAAAUUGAACAGCAAGUGCGUGAGAAAGAACGUUUGCGCCUUGAGUCUGUGCAGAAGAAGUGGAAUCGUCGGGAGGAGAAUGAAUUUUUAAGAGUUCUCACAGGAUAUGGUAUUGACUUGCAACCAUGCACACCAAUACCGACACCAGAUUGGACAAAAUUCAAAUCUCUCGCAAAAUUGGAAAAGAAAAGUGAUGAGAGCCUAUCGGACUACUACAAAGUAUUCAUUGCAAUGUGCAAAAGGCAGGCAAGUGUAAAGUUGCUGGACGAUGAGAAGGGUCUAGAGGGGAUUGUUGAUGAUAUAAGUGAAGAUCAUGCAAGAUUGAUUUUGGAUCGAUUGGAAUUGUUGUCGAAAUUGCGUGAAUUGGCGAAACAUUCAAAAUUAGAUGAACGAGUCUAUUUGGCUCAAAAUAACUACGAUACACCAGAUUGGUGGGAAUCUGGGAAGCACGACAGGGAACUUGUGAGGGCAGUCUUGAAGCAUGGAUUGUAUCGAUCUGAGUACAAUAUUUACAAUGAUCCAGAAUUUUGCUUUAGCGAAACAGCUAAGAAAUAUGAGAAAGAACUCGAAGCCCACAAUCAGAGGGCACUCAUGAAAAUGGAAGCAGAAUUGAUGAAUCUCGAAAAGAAAGAUGUUGUGCCGAUGAAGGUGGAGGAUCAUGCGGAAGGAGCACUUAAAAUUGAGAAAAUGCCCGUUAAAGCUGAAGUGACUGAAGUCGUUGCCCAGAAAUCUGAGGAUGAGGGACAAAAGGAUAAAAAUGAAAAAGAAUUGAAGGAAGGCGAGGAGAAAGAUGCCGAAUCCACAGAGGUGGUUUGCGAAGCUGAAGAAAAGCCCCAAGAUGAUGAGAAGGCCGAUAAAAGUAUUGAAGAUAUUGACACUGAGAAGGUGGUGGAGAAUCAAGAAAAACAAAUGGAUGUAGUUGAUGAACCUAAAGAUGAGACUGAAGUGGUGUCAUCAAGUGAAAAUGAUAAAAGUAAAAAUGAAAGUGAAGCUCAAGAAGAGGAGAAACCUCCAGCAAUUGUGGAUGAAGAGAAUCCAACUAAAGAAACAGUAGAAGCGGCAGAUGAAGAAGUUAAAGAAAAGGAAGUUCCAGAGGAAGAGCCUAUUGUCAUGGAAGCAGAAGAGAAGGAAAUUGAAAAGGUGACAGUGGAGAAGAGUCAAGAAAAUCCUCCCUCAACUGCCAGUGUUCAGGAAAUAAUUUCAGAGAAAGAAAUUUCAGUUGAGGAGGAGUGCAAUAAACAAGCUGCUGAACUUAAGGCAAGAUUCCCCGACUUGGAAGUCAUACAGCCUGUUGUAAAACCCAAAACUACAGAAAUUUUCCCGAAGGAAAUAUUGGCAAUCAGAGAAAUCAAGCCAAUUAUUCCUAAGUUGCUCUCUAAGCAAAUCCUGAUCAGAUGGUUCCGUGACUUUGCUCUGGAAAAGAGAAUUAGUCACAUUAUUCACUGUGUCGAGAAGAAUGAGUGGCCAGUGGGGAGAUCGUAUUCUGCCUAUACAGGAUGCCAGGGAAUGGAUUUAGAUGUUCCCCUGUAUGAGACUGUAAAGCGAAUUCCAACGGCAAUUGAUGUGAAUCUCGCAGCUGCGGUUACCAACGUGGGUAUGGCAGGACGAUCAAAUACCCCAGAUGUGAUAACAAUCACAACAGAUCAGGGUCUUUCGAAGCAAUUACAAAAUCCCAAUUUGGCUUCGAUGAAUCCAUCAGGUAUGAGCGGAAGUGCUUCGGCACUCAGUCAAAGUAUGGCUGCUGCAGCAGCAGCUGCUGUGGCUGCGUCCAAUAAGAAAAGGAAGAGACAUAUUGCAAUUGAUGUGGAGACAGAGAGAGCAAAAUUGCAUGCUCUUCUCAAUAACACACAGAAUCCAGUAGGUCUUCAAAAACCAGCCUGGGGUGACGAUGAAUCCAAUGAAUCCCGUAGAAGUUCAUCUUCAAUGUCUCUACAACCACCUCCAGCACAUCAACAUCAACCACUAACGAGAUCAACUAUGCCAACAUAUAACAAACCAACUGUUAUUCCUGGCACAUCUAGCACCUUGACCCCAAUUGAUUUAUCAUCGAGCUUACCGAAAGUAAAUAUGGGGGAUAUGACAAAGAAUCCCAUUGAUCUAAGUGAAGUCCAAGACUUUUCUAUGUCAAAGUCAAAAUCAUCAAGUGCCAGUGCUAUGUCCUCUGUCUAUGGUGGAGCAACGUCGGGAAAAGGCAAAUUGGACAAUAUGCUUACAAAGUUAAUGAAGAAAAACAAUUGCCAACCCAUUGAGGAGCCGGUUAUUGGAAAGGAAAAGAAACGGAGGAAAUUAGAUGAGAUUGUUCUUGGACUGUCAGCUGCUCAAGAACAAAAAAUGUAUCCUGAUCCAUCUCCACCGAUGUCCAUAAAGAAACCCCAAGUGGCACCAAGUGUGUCCGUUACACCAGCUAGUGGUCCAUCGCAAUCGACUUCCUCGAGUGCCAAUCAAAAACCAUUUACUAUUACCGUAACGAGUGUUCCAGGUAAAAGACGAAGUAAUACACCUCAUCACCAAUUACAUGCAUAUUUGACUAUAUUUAUUUCAAUUUUUGCAGCCACAUCAAAUAAAGGAGCAUCAAUGAAAAAUCCCCCUGUGUCAGCUACAACGGGACUUCAGGCUUUGCAGAAUAUGGCUGGACUCGGGGGUGUCUCAACGAAAGACAUGAAUGCAUUCCUCGCUGAAGCUGCAAAGGCGGAACAACAGGCAAUGCUGAAGCAACAUCAGAAACUCCUACAACAACUACCAGCAUCGUCACAACAGCGAAAGGCCUAUGAGGCUAUGUUUGCUGAAAUGAAGCACUUAAGCUCAAAAUUGGGAUCCUAUCCGACCCACGAUGCCAAAGUCAACAAAUGGUUGGCUGAACAGAGUGCAGCUCUAACGGAGGAAGCUCUAAGUAUGGACUAUAGAUCCCGAUCUAGAUCUAGGCAACAGUCAACACCUACAAUGCAAGACAGUAUCUUUAGUAGGAAAGCUCUCACGGGAGAAGAGAGUGUUCCCGUUAUAAAUAAGAUUACAGGAAAACGACUUACAGGAAAUAAGGCACCCCAAUUGAAGAGACUUACUCAGUGGCUAACUGAGAAUCCUGCGUAUGAGAUUGAUCCAAAGUGGUUGGAGAUGACACAAAAUCCACAAUCUCCAUCACCUAAACCUUCACCAUCAGAAGCAAGUACAUCGUCGUCCUCUUCGUCAAAGGCACCCCAUCGUUCGUCAGCUACUGCUGGAACGUCAAGUAGUAGUGGUCUAGGGCAGUCAAGUUCAGCUUCUAAUACAUACGGUGUGCAAUCUCAAUCACUGCCUUCGACAUCCAAGAAAGGACGUACGCACGACACAUCGGCAGCUCUCUCAAAUGCCGCUGCAGCAGCAGCAGCAAUGCAAUUUCCCGGUUUGGCAGGUCUCAAUCCAAACUUGUUGUCCAGUUUACCCGGCUUGGGGUCAUUUGAUCCCAAAAACCCAUUACUCAUGCCAUUUACUGGGAUACCCGGUUUAGCGGGAAUGAGUGGUCUGGGUAAUCUAAACAAUAUGAACUUAUUUGCCAAUCUGGCUGGUCUUGGGCUAGGUAACUUAGCUGGAUUAGAUCCACAGAGUCUUGCCACAAUGAUGGCCGCUGCUGGUGGUGGUUUAGAUGCAGCUGCUGCCGCUGCCGCUGCAGCUGCUGCAACUGGUUCGCGAGGUAUGAGUAGCAGUAAGGGACCGUCUACGAGUACAAGUGGGACAACAAGUAGUAGUUCCAAGUCUAGAAAAAGUGAUAUGACAUCACAAUCUCAGGCAUCUUCUCAGAGUCAUACAACACCAUCUACGUCCAAAUCAUCGAGUAGUUCAGCAAGUAAUGCCAAUGCUGCCAAUGCUGCAUUCCCCUUUUUGUUCCCAAAUCCCAGCCUUUUGUAUCCAUUAGGCCUACCGUACCCACUCACCCCGGGUAUGUCACCGUAUGAUCAAUUGGCACAAUAUAGUCUCCUCAAUGGGGCUGGUUUGGGAGCCGUUAGUUCUGGUGCUUCUGCCUCCACGACAACUUCAUCGGCACGACAGUCGAGUGGUAAAUCAUCGAGUACAUCUGGACGCAGUAGUGGUGGCUCGCAGUCGAGUGUUGCAUCUCCAGGUGGAAAGACCCGUAGCUCGUCGAUGUCAUCACGUGUGGAUACGUCACAGCUACAGAGUCUACUGUCACCGCAUGAUCCGCACUUACUGGAAUCUCUCAGUAGGGUAACAGGAUUGGAUAUUACACAAUCAACACGUGCUUUGGCUGGAAAUUCGAAGAUGGAUGCAAAAUUGGCUCGAGAUACAGCAACAAAGGAUGCCAUGGAGAAGCUAGAGAAGGAAAGGAGGAAAUUAAUGGAUAAUCUCACGAGGACAGGUUUUGGAUCCGAUUUAGCGGCUAUGCAGGCAUUUGCUCAAGGAAAGCUCCCCUCGACAUCUCUUACCCCGUCUUCAUCGAAGGGUAGCGGAAGCUCCAAGGACUCAUUGCCAAUUCCAUUGCCACCGGACUUUAGUCAGGCACUCUUUGCUGAGAUGGCGGCUGCAGCGGGUGUGAGUGUGGGCAGUGGGAGUCGAGAGUCAUCAAAGAGAACACGAGAUCACGAUCUGAAGGAUUCAUUUGAGCACAUGAGUAAAUCUCAGAUGGAAAUGCUGGCACGAAAUUUGGGCAUGAGUUCAUGUAUCUCAUUAAUCCCAACAUCAACAACCAGCACAACCUCAAUGGCUGGUUCGGGGCAUUCAGACGAUAAGGGGGUACCUGCAAAGCGUGUUCGUACAAGUGAUCACCACAGCUCCUCCAGUGGGCAUAGGGCGGCAGAAGAGGCUCUACCGCUGGUGAUGGAUGAGAAAAUCCACACACGAUCCACACGAAGUAGUGAUCAUUCAGCGGCAACCAUCGAAAAGGUGACAGUAUCACCUGUAUCCGCCGGAGUGAGUUUGUCAUCGUUGCCAUCGCAGACCACAAUUACCAUCACACCCUCACCAUCUACCUGUGGUGUAUCACCAGUGGCACAUCACAGCUCAGCGCCCGCUAGUUCGGUUGCAGCAACGUCUCCAUCGACAACGGUGACGGCAGUCCCGGAAAAUCUCACCAAACCCCCUCCGCCACCUGUAGAGCCGCCACCAACUACGGCAUCUCCCGGUGUUACGCACGAAAUGGAUUUGGAGGAUCUGAUUGCACCGUCCAAGGUGAGCAAAGGUGGUGGGAUGCUUGUUGAAGAGACUUGCUCAACAAGCCAAGUGACUGAAGGAGGUGCGGAGGAGAAGAAGGCAAGUUCUGAAUCGGAGGAACAAGCACAAGCUGCACCAUCACUGGAAGCUGAAGCGGAAAAGAAACCAACAACGGGUAAGAGGACGCGUGGUAAACGACCACGAUCUGGUGAGGAUGUCGAAGCUAUUGCGCAACCGGAACGAAAGAGAGAAUUGCGCUCAAGUGCUGGUAGAGCAGCAGCAGCUGCAGCAGCGAGAAUUGCUGCAGAGGCUAAGGCGGCAGCUGCUGCGGCGGCUGCAUCGAAUGAUGAGACUCUCAAUUUGUCCACAAGUGACGAGAGUAAGACUUGACUAAAGACCAAAUCUCUUCGGAGAAAUCAUUGAGACGCACCAGUAGCGGUGGGUCGUGUAAAAAAGGCGCCCAGAAGGAGGAGGAAGUAGGAUGACGCGACAUCCCCCCAGGCGCGGAUGCGGUGGUGUGGACAAGGGAAGGGCCCUCUCAUCACAUGAUAUUGUGUAAUAAAAAUAAUUUAUUUAUUUUUACCUAAUUCCCCUAUUGAAUAAGUGUCUGAUAUAGAAGUGAUUAUGUGGAGAAUAUAAUGUAAUAAGGAAAUUCUCACUUAUUAACAAAAUCAAGCAGUGUUCAACGUAUCACAUGUUUCAAUCGCCGCGCGCCCUUUUUUUUUCUUUGGAAAAAAACAGAAAACAUGGAAGUUGGCAAGAAAAGAACAUUAGGAGAAAACUAAAAAAAAGUGACUGCAGAAAUGAUAGUAAAAAAAAUAUGUGACUGUUUUUUUUUAAAUGGAUGACAUGGAAGAAUAAAAAGAGAAAGCUAAAAUAAAAUAUAUAUACAAUGAACCAAUAUUGAAGAUAUUCUCUAGUAGACGUAAAGCUAUUGUAAUAAUUCUCCGUAAUAAAAAAAAGAAUAUUGAAAAAAAAUAACUUAAAUUUUAAAUUUAAAAAAAAAUGUAGUGGAAAGUUGAAUCAAAUUUUAAUGUAACAUUAUGGAAAAAAUACAAGUAUUUAUACAAUUACAAAAAAAAUUAAAAAAAAAAUUAAUGAAUAUUCUAUUUGGAUACGCAAAUGAGCAUUUUCUGUUUAUCUCACUACCUAUAUAUAUAAAAUAUUGUAUUGUAAUUUUUUUUCUAAGAAAUACACACUUUGAAAAAGUUUA